GCUGCGUGUUUCAACGCAAUAGCCGAAGGCGGGAAUUAAUGUGGAAAACCUGUUUUGUUUGUAGCCUCGACUAAGACCACACACACAAGUAGCGCAAAAAGGAAGUGUUUUUAUUCAUUUUUAUGUGAAGUUGUGUAUGGCCAGGCUCAUCGGGAAACAGCGUAAUAUUUGUGCGUGUGUAUAUAGUAUAGCUGUGUAACGCUUCCGCAGUGUGCGCUAAAUGCAAAGUAGUCUAUUUUGGUGAGGUAAUCGGUAUUAGGUAACUCUGACCGAUGACAUCUCUAGAUUUCGCUCGAUGGAGCAUGACAAGGUCGAAAACUGUCCUGUCGUUGGACCAAAAGGUUGAAGUCAUUAAAGCUUUAGAAACUAAAAGUCAGAUGCAGGUAGCACUGCAGUAUGGUAUUUCACAAUCCUCAGUCUCCCGUAUUAAAUCUAGAGAAUGUGAUAUUCUUGAUAAUUGGCAGUUGAGACGAUGUUCAAAAAACAGUUACAAUGCGACGGAUGUGAGCUCAGCUGACACUGACAGUUCGCAGUCAUUAGAAGACCGCUGUAGCAGCGGGAAAAAAGCAAUCACAUCCAAACAGGCAUAUGAUAAUCAAACUGCAUCGCCUCUGUUUCUCAGAGCGAUUGGAUCUUUACACAACUUUAAUGGUGUGUCAACUACACUUCGAAGAGGGCGACAUACGCCGAGAGACAGGCUAUUUUCGUACAGAGUCGGGAACUACGCAUUCACUCGCUUUGCAACGACCGCGAUUGAGGCCUGGAGCAGUUCCAAGAAUAUUUCCCUCGACUGUCAACAGCAGUCGGGCUGGCACGUGGAGAUUGUCCAGAUCUGAGCAUAUAUUUCCGCAGCAGAUGCCAGGGACGAGUGGAGGACCAGGAGGAGGGGGAGGUGGUGCAGGUGGAGGUGGUCAGCAGUCUGCGAAGCAGUCGGUUGGGCAACAGAUGGCAAUGCUUAAGAAGCAAGUUGGGCAGCCAGGCACAAUGCAGCAGCACGGUGCCAACAAGGCUACAGGCCCACCUCGGCGUGCAGUGAGCCCAUCCCCACCGCAGUCGCCACAGGUGGCCCCUCCGGAGGUUUGCCUGCGUUGGAACAGCUAUCACUCAAACAUGCAAGCCACUUUCCCCAGCUUGCUGACCAAUGAGCAAUUUGUUGAUGUGACGCUGGCGUGUGAAGGGCGCAGCAUAAAAUGUCACAAGGUCAUCUUGUCAGCUUGCAGUUCGUACUUUGAAGGACUGUUAAGUGAAAACCCAUGCCAGCACCCAAUUGUACUGAUGAAGGAUCUGCGUUACUGGGAAGUGCAGGCACUUGUUGACUUCAUGUAUAGGGGAGAAGUCAAUGUUGGUCAAGACAAGUUACCCUCAUUGCUUGCUGCUGCGGAGGCUCUCCAAAUCAAAGGAUUAGCAGGACCGGCUUCCACUCCAUCCUCACAAGAUGAAGAUUCAAUGCCCGCAACUAUUGAGGAUUUUCUGGAUGAGCAAGUGCCGUCUCCCAUAACUGAGAGGCGCAUGCGGAAGCGCAGAAUGAUGGGUUCUCCACAGCAGCAGCCUAUAAGGCCACAGCACAUUCAGCAGCAGCAGCAGCAGCAGCAACACCACCACCAGCAGCAACAGCAACAGCAACAGCACCAGCAGUUACAGCAGCAGCAGCAGCAGCAUCAACAUCAGCCACGCCAUCAGCAGCUACAGAGCCAUUCUCAGCCACAUCCACAACCCCAGCCCCAACGACAUGUCUCUCUCCCAUCCUCCACCUCAUCUGUAGGACAAUCAUCCAUGGGAAGAGUUCAGAGACAGCAGCAGCCUCAGCAGCUCCCAGCUCGCAACCCUCCUAACUCUAUACCAUCCACCUCAGGUUACCGGCACGAACAGCCAAUGUCUGAAGCUGCCCCUCCACGAAAGCAGCGGAGAUCUGAACCACUACCAGAAGUGAAAAUUGAGCCAAUUGAUAUUGACUUGAGUAAUGAUUCGAUGGAUGAAGAAUUUGUUGAAAAAAAAUUUACACCACCUACUGAAGCCAAAGAUGAUGGUGGAGGAGCAGAGACAGUGACUGAACCUGUGACUGAGCAGAAACCUGAUAUUGAGACGGAAAAUUUUAGUGCAACUGAACUAUCGAAUGUGCAAGAAAUGCAAGACUAUCCUUUUGAGCCAGGGAGCAACAGCUGUGGAGCUAAAUCUGAGAACAUUGCAGAAGCCACAAGUGAUUCUCCAUUUGGCAGUAGUCCAGGAGGAGAUGAUGUCAAUUCUCGUGAUGCACCGGGUGAAGAUUAGGCCUGCUGCGUCCUCCUGACAGUUCCUAAUGCACCACUGAAUCGUGAUAUUGUUAUGUGACUUGGGCUUUUUCCCUUUAACUCAGAAAGACUGUGAAGGUGGAAAACAUAGUUUUGACAGGUACAUUUUUUUAAUAAUUGAUGUGUAAGAAAGUACGCACAGAGAAGGGUGUAGUGCAGAAGUUCUGGGGCCAUCCAUAAAAGUAUUCUGGUCUCUGAACUAUGUGAAAUGAGGUAGCAUUUUAUACUUCUAAUUGUAUUUAUUUAAACCAUACACUGGAUUGAUUUGAUAGUCCAUGACUACACAGAAACAGUACAUAUUUCAUUCAUUCAAGACUCAUAGUCUCAUUACGUGAUAUAUGUUGGUUACAUAUUUAAUUCAUUCAGAACUUGUGUUCUCAUUGUGACGUAUUGGUAAAUUACACAAAUUAAAAUUUGAUGUUCAAGAUCUGAUGUUCAUAAUUAGUCACAUUUAACACCUUGAAAACUGAAAGUAAUGCUGAUGUAUUCUGGUUUAUAGUAACUGUGAACUACAGAGCUAUUAAGAAAGAUUAUUUUUUUGUAUUGGCAGGUUAGCUAUAAUUGAUGAUUUAUAUUUUGCACAAGGUUAGAUACAUUGGAUACAAAAUGUUUUACAGGUUUGCUUCUAGCAAUAUUUCAUUCUGUCCGUGCCCAAAAGUGAUGACACCAGUGGUUUAGGCACACAGUGGCAAUACAUUCAUUAGCAGAGUCUUGUGAAAUGUUGUCAACAGAACUGUCUUCUAGUGAGCCUAAAUGUCUUCAAAUAUGUUGAAUCACUUGCCUUGAUUGUUUAAAAAGUGUUGUCAGAUGAUGGCAGUAUGGUGUAGCCAUAUUUUGUGGUGCCUUGCAUCAAACAUCAUUAUUUAAAUGAAGUUUGGUGCUCAAUGAAUGUGUGUUUCAUGCUGUGUAGAAUUCUAUGCUACAACUGGUUACCUGUAAGGAUGUAAAUUUGUAAUAUUCAUUUGAAUGUUCCUAUUCUUGAAAUUUUGGGCAGAAUGUUACAUAAAAGUGGGAAAGAAGUGAUUCUGUAAUCUUCCUGUACAGAAAAAGCAGCUUAUUACUUGUAUGUGCUGGUUAAUUUUCUUUCCUGUAACUUGUGAUCCACUACAUUGCAGCAAUCUGGAGGUAUGUUUAUCUCGCCUCCCACUUUCAAAACUAGGAUGUAGGAACCCGAAAUAAAUAUUGCAGUAUUGGAUUGCACACAAUUUGUCGUAGUAGUUGGUUUGCGUCAUGAAGAACAAUAUGAUAUGUUAUAUAUGUUGUCUGUAUUAAAAAUUUCUUUUUUCUAAACAUCCGUUAUUUGUAAGGCAGUUUAUUGUAUUAAAAAUGAUGUACCCAAAGAAUACCUUGUUCAUCAGACUGAUCAGUAUGCAUUGUCCAAAGUAGACAUUUUCCCCUCCAUACUAUUAGUUAUAAGUGUGUAGUUGUUACAUUUGAGUUUGAUGUUUUUGUAGAAAUAGUGAAAAAUAAAAACUGAACAUGA